CUCACUCAGCAAGCGUCCAUGAAGCGAGCAAAGGAAGAAGCGGACAGGAAGAAGAGGCGUAUCCAGCUACAAGUCUUUGUGCAUGCCAGGUGAGUAAGGCGUAAAGCGGUGGCCUAACUUUAGACCCACGCCUUGCUCUUGGGAAGGGUGUGCGGCCGUUCUCAAUUCCUGGGCACUGCUCGAAAAACACCUUUAUCAUGCUCAUCUUUAUCGAGAUGAUGUCGACGUGCUCUGUCAAUGGGAAGGGUGUCAUACGACAUUUGACCGACCCGAAGAGUGCCACAAGCAUUGCCUCAUUGGCCACAUGGGCAAAUUUAGUGCUCGUUGCCCCUUUGGUGAGAUCCACUGGGAGUGGUCGUUGCUCAUGUCCAGAUUGCUUGUUUGAGGGUCCUCACUUUGACGAUCUCAUGGCUCAUAUCUCCAGACGCCAUCCCGAUGCCACACCGGACGAUUUUGUGCCGGGUCUGAUCCACCAUCGGCCGUUGCGUCUGCCCAGAUCCGUGUCCGAUCUACCACCGCUACCUUCUCGAGCUCGCAUUACUGGUGAAUUCAUGGACGAUUUAUGUGGGGAGGUGAAAGGAUUCGCUGGCGAACGGAGCUACAAAGCGAGAAGGAGUGUUGAGCGGAAUUGCUUCAGUGGCAGAAGACCUCGUAAAGAUGAUUUCGCAGACAAGAAGGGAGCCAAUGCCGCCAUCUCUGCCUUUAUCGAGAAUUCGAGGCGGAUCUCGACUGCGAUGGGCGGUCAGCAAGAAUCACCAGCGGAGGCCGACGCAGCAGAUGUUCCGCCAACGGCCAAAUCUGCACCCUUGACCGCUGCCGAAGCGAAAGAAAUGGGCGUGGACCUUGUGGAUGUCAGCCAGUCGAUAUCAGCUGCCACCGAGCAGGCAAAGAGAGAGGCGGAGAAGGACGAAGCGCAGACGACCGGAUCCGAUUCGAGGUCGUCCAGUACAUCGAGGGCGGACAUUGAGCCUGUCAAGCGGAAACGAGGCCGACCACCAAAGCUUCAUGUGACCUUGAAGCUCUCUGAAUCUCCUGCCGAGAGAUUCUCGCUCGAAUCUCCUCCUAGCACAUCAUCCGAAUCUAGUUCAGGUUCUGAGACUGCCUCGGAGUUCAAGCUGAAACGGGCUCUGGAUCUCACCGCUCUUGUCUCGCCUGACGGAGGGGAAAGUGGGAGGAAGAGAAGCGCCAGAUUGAGGGAGAAGCAGGGUCUUGGUACAUUUGAUGAAGAGAUCAAGGUGUAGAGAGUAUGUAUGCGUGC